UCAUAUAUAGCACAGACACACCACACACACACACAUACUCCAAUUUGUGUUUUUGUGUUCAAUUUUCCUGAAUUACUUAUGGUGUUUUUAUUGGGUUUGCAUUACCCUCGCGCUUCCGCUUUUUUGCGAUGUCAUUUAACCUGGACAAGACCCAGAUCGAAGAUCUGGAGGAGGCCUUCAAGAUGCACGAUCUGGAUGGCAAUGGCACCAUCUCACCGCAUGAGAUGCGUCUAGUUUUAAUUUCCGUGGGUCACGAGAACACGGAAUCAGAACUAUACGAUCUCAUUAGUACGGUGGGUCUCGAAAGGAAUGCGAAUAUAAAUUUGCCAGAGUUCAUGCAAAUGAUGGCGCCCCGACUGGCCACAGUGGACAGUGACGAGAAACUGACCAAGACCUUUCAGCUCUUCGAUCGCGACGGUGAUGGCUAUGUGACCAAUAUGGAUGUGCGUGCCUUAAUGGUUAUGAUGGGCGUGGUUGUGAACGAUGCGGAUCUCAGGGAUAUAUGCAGUGAGGUCGAUAUGGACCACGAUGGCCGCAUAAGUCUGCGUGACUUUUUGAACUUCAUGCGUAGCCCCCUAUAAGCUAGGCUGGCAGUAAAAAUUGAAAAUUUGCCUGCAGGAAAAAAUAAAUGCUUACAACAAGCAACCACAACUGCACACAGCGAAAACAUUUAGUUAUUAUUUUCACAACAAGCGGACACUGUGAAAAAAUGUAUCCUCAACUUGAAACAUGUGUGUUUAUAACAUAUUUUGGCAAGACAUAAAAACUGUCACUAGUUGAUAGACGAUGGACAUAAUUAAAAGAAUUUGACUAUGAUAAAGACUA